UGAAGGCAGCAUUAAACACAUCAGAUGAACAACAAUCGAACCUGGGAACUCCGAGCAUCCGAGGAGCCCGUGAACGCAUGGCCAAACAACGUCGACACCAGCAGCGGGGCUUCCACCAUCAUGUAGCCCAAAACAGACCCACCAACAUCCAGGAACAUCCGCCGAGAGCAGCGACACAUGUCCGGGGAGCGGAGCUGAGAAACCAGCGCAGACACGGGGAGCUGAUUCGUUCAGCACGGGGAACAUGAAGGAGCUGAAGGGCUGCGGGAUGCGCUCCUCUGUGGGCUUUCUGUCCCGCAGGGAGCUGACCGGACAGCCGCUCAUGAAGGAGGAGUUCCAGAGACGCAGGAUGGCCGGCUGCACCAGCCUCUUCAAGAAGGACAUGCUCGGACACUUCGGCUGCGUCAACGCCAUCGAGUUCUCCAACAGCGGCGGAGAGUGGCUCGUCUCCGGAGGAGACGACCGCCGCGUGCUGCUGUGGCACAUGGAGAAAGCGAUCCACGCUCGCUGUAAACCGGUGAAGCUGAAAGGAGAACACCUGUCCAACAUCUUCUGUCUCGCCUUCGACAGCACCAACACUAAAGUCUUCUCUGGAGGUAAUGAUGAGCAGGUGAUUCUUCAUGACGUUGAGAGACGGGAGACUCUGAACGUCUUCCUGCACAUCGACGCCGUCUACAGUUUGUCCGUCAGCCCGGUCAACGACAACGUGUUCGCCAGCUCAUCUGACGACGGGCGCGUUCUCAUCUGGGACACCCGCGAGCCGCCAAGCACAGAGCCGUUCUGCCUCGCCAGCUACCCGUCAGCAUUCCACAGCGUGAUGUUUAACCCCGUGGAGCCCAGACUCAUCGCUACCGCCAACUCCAAGGAGGGGGUCGGACUGUGGGACAUCCGCAAACCACGCAGCUCGUUGCUGCGUUACGGAGGCAGCAUGUCGCUGCAGAGCGCCAUGAGCGUCCGCUUCAACAGCACGGGCACACAGCUGCUAGCGCUGCGCCGCCGCCUGCCACCCGUCCUCUACGAGCUGCACUCCCGCCUGCCCAGCUUUCAGUUCGACAACCAGGGAUACUUCAACUCGUGCACCAUGAAGAGCUGCUGCUUCGCUGGAGACAAAGAUGAGUACAUCUUGUCUGGAUCCGAUGACUUCAACCUCUACAUGUGGAAAAUACCCAAGGAUCCAGAAGCUGGAGGUGCGGGUCGGGUGGUAAACGGGGCUUUCAUGGUCCUGAAGGGUCACCGCUCCAUAGUGAACCAGGUCCGCUUCAACCCGCACACCUACAUGAUCUGCUCGUCGGGUGUGGAGAAAGUCAUCAAGGUGUGGAGUCCUUACCAGCAGCCUAACAGUCUAGGUGACCUGGACGGUCAGGUGGAGGAUAAGUCUCGCAGCCUCUACACGCACGAGGAGUACAUCAGCCUGGUGCUGAACAGCGGCAGCGGUCUCUCCCACGACUACGUCAGCCAGUCCAUCCAGGAGGAUCCUCGCAUGAUGGCGUUCUUUGACUCUCUGGUGAGGCGAGAGAUCGAGGGGUGGAGCUCAGACUCGGACAGCGACCUGAGCGAGGAGGCCAUCAUGCAGCUGCACGCCCGAGGACGCCGCACCGCUCGGGCCACGCCCACCGCCCCCGUAGCUCCGUCUGCUGCCAGUCACCACAGCGACUCAGACAACUCGUCCUCGUCUUCUCUGGCGGGACCCGACGCCUCGGGAGGGGAGGAGCCAGCGGGAGCGGCGGCGGAGGGUCAGCAGAGGAGGCGGAGGAGGCAGAGCAGGAAUCAGUCCGGCUUCCUCGUAAACGAAGACUCGGACUCGUCUGAGUUCUGGCUCGACCCGAUGCCGCGGCCUCGCUCCCCGAGUCCCAGAGACAACUCCACGCUGUCGAGCCCCGCCUCCUCCCCCUCACUUCCUGCAGGAGCCUCCAGCUCCUCCUCAUCCACCUCCAGCUCCAGCAGCGACGACGAGGAGCGCCGCAGCGCAGUGAGGCGACGCAACGUGAUGAGGCGGAGACGCAUGAACGUUGUGUCUCGAGCCGGGGAUCGACCCGAGUCCGUGCAGGCUUUGUUCUCCGCCGUCGACUCCUGCAUCUACCCGUCCAUAUCGGUGGACGAUCUGUCGUCCUCCUCGUCGGGGGUGGAGCCAAACUCGCUCCAAAUCAAGCUAAGCGACGAGGAGGAGAAAUGUCUGAGCCCGUCUGACUUUGUGUGUCGCAGCCCGGUGAUGUCGCCCGCCGAGGACGAGGGAGAGAGGACUGCCCGACUGUCAGCCGCGUCCCCGCCGCCGCAGCUCGCACUGAGGAAGGACAGCUGGGACGGCGGCGAGGCCUGCAGCUCGGGGGCUUUGGACUCUCAGAGCCGAUGCAGCCCCGGAGCGAACGGGCAGCACCGGACAGCGAGCGAAAACCUGCACGUGUCGUCAGAAUCAGAAGAAGACGACACGAGGACGCCACAGAGCGCUCUGAAAAGGACUCACGGGACGUCAGAGGAGAGCGAGUCCGGCUCCUCGCCGUCAGAGAAGAAGUUAAAAACGUAAUCUGUUUGUCACGCUGGAUAAAAAACAUUCAUGACUCGAUUAAGACGUUUUUUUUAUGGGUUUCUUUAACUCAGAUUUUCAUUUGGCUUCUCUUGACAUGUGAAACAUGAAGCCGAGCUGAAGAUUUAUUUUAUUUUAGAAAAGUGAAUCAAAGUCGUCGUUCUGUUGGUCAAACCAGCGAUGACGCUAAAAGAUGCAGAAUAUGAAGCUAAGCUCAUGUUGUUGAUGCUGUUUUAAAGUGAAGCUGAGAUUUUCCUGCAGCAUCAGCGUUUCUGUCUCAUGCUCUGGUUGAUGCAGGAAGCUCCGCCCACCAUCUGAAGCUCGUCCAAUCAUAAUGCAAAAAAAAAAGCUGUGCAGCAUUUUGAGUUUUUGAGGUUUCCCCGAGCGAGGAUGUGACGAGUCGACGUGUGUCUGUAGAAAAUGUAGGGAGCAGCAUUUGUUAAAGCUGUGUGUUGAAAUUAUGCUUUCAGUGUCUCCUCCCCCUUGUUUUUUGGUCUCCUUGCCCCGCCCCCCUCCUCCUCGGUAUCAGCACCAGCCAGCGCUCGCUUUUGUUUUUCCUGUAAUUAAAGAAGAAUUUGUUCUUCAG